AUGUGGCUCAUCAAUGUAGAUACCCUACAGCUUGAAGAGUUCAUCGGCAAAACGGUGCCAAAGUACGCCAUCCUUUCGCACACUUGGGGAGAUGGGGAGGUCUCUUUCCGAGAAAUGGCUAAGCGCAAGACUUGGGAGGAGACAGUCCAAAAACCCGGGUUCAAUAAGAUCUCAAAAUGCUGUGAAAUGGCUGCCCUCGUACAUUUGAAGUAUGCUUGGGUGGAUACCUGUUGCAUUGACAAGAAGAGCAGCGCUGAACUUUCAGAAGCCAUCAAUUCGAUGUGGCAAUAUUACGAAGAGGCUUAUAUUUGCUUCGUUCACAUGGCUGAUGUGAGGCUAGAGGGUUCCCAUUUAAACAAAGAGCAGUUUCAAAGUAGCAGAUGGUUUACCCGAGGCUGGACGUUACAAGAGCUGUUGGCUCCCAGGGAUGUCCGCUUUUUUGAUCAGUCAUGGAAUCUGCUCGGUGAUCAGCAAACGCUCUGCGAUUUAAUAGUAGCUGCUACUGGAAUCGAGUCACUGUAUUUGGAUGUUGACAUUGACAGCAGAUUUGCAAGCGUUGCUUGCAAGAUGUCGUGGGCAUCGCGCAGAGAGACCACGAGGUCUGAAGACGUCGCUUACUGUUUGAUGGGACUGUUAAAGAUCAAUAUGCCGCUCCUUUACGGCGAGAAGGAUAAGGCAUUCAAAAGGCUUCAAACAGAAUUCAUCAAGCAACAUCAUGAUGAAACGAUAUUUGCUUGGACGAACGACCAUCUCAUAAAUGGUCGCCUCCUUGCCUCAUGUCCAGCGGAUUUCAAGCAUUCAGGUCAUGUGGAGAGCCUCAACGUCGAACCACGACAAGCUUUCGAGGUGACUAAUGUCGGAAUCAGAAUGACUGUGCGCGUCUCACGCGAAGAUUGGGGAGGAUAUCGUGCAAUUCUGUCCUCGGUCACCCACGGCACAAUGAUGGAACAGUCGCCUUGGUUGAAAAUUGCACUCCAAAAAAAAGAUGGAAUUUACCUCCGAUUGAACCAAAAGAAGCUGGAAUUCUUGACCCGAAAGGAACAGAAGGCGGAGCAGAAGGUUAAACUAAGCUCGAUUAUGCUGGCUCUGUAA